GGGGGGGCCGGGCGCCCACCGGAAGUUCUCCUCACGGGCUCCGCCGGGCCAGGGUGAGGUGAGCCCCCGCUCCCAGCCCCUCUCGGGUGCAUCCCAGCAGUCGUGCCCGGCGCCCGGGCGCAGAAGGCACGAUGUCGACGGGGGCGGAUGUGCGGGACAUCCUGGAGCUGGGCGGGGAGCUGGAGAGCCCCGGAACCAUCAGCAAGAAGGACAUCAUCAACUCGGACAAGAAAAAGUCCAAGAAGUCAUCGGAGACGCUGACGUUCAAGAGGCCCGAGGGAAUGCACCGGGAAGUCUACGCCCUGCUCUACUCCGACAAAAAGGACGCGCCCCCACUGCUGCCCAGUGACACCACACAGGGCUACCGCACCGUGAAGGCCAAGCUGGGCUCCAAGAAGGUGCGGCCCUGGAAGUGGAUGCCCUUCACCAACCCCGCCCGCAAGGAUGGCGCCAUGUUCUACCACUGGCGGCGAGUGGCCGAGGAGGGCAAGGACUACCCCUUUGCCAGGUUCAAUAAGGCGGUGCAGGUGCCCGUGUACUCGGAGCAGGAGUACCAACUGUACCUGCACGACGACGCCUGGACCAAGGCCGAGACCGACCACCUCUUCGACCUGAGCCGCCGCUUCGACCUGCGCUUUGUCGUCAUCCACGACCGCUACGACCACCAGCAGUUCAAGAAGCGUUCGGUGGAGGACCUGAAGGAACGCUACUACCACAUCUGUGCCAAGCUGGCCAACGUCCGGGCCGUGCCGGGCACCGACCUCAAGAUGCCCGUGUUCGACGCCGGUCACGAGCGGCGCCGCAAAGAACAGCUUGAGCGGCUCUACAACCGCACCCCAGAGCAGGUGGCAGAAGAAGAGUACCUCAUCCAGGAGCUGCGCAAGAUCGAGGCGCGCAAGAAGGAGCGCGAGAAGCGCACGCAGGACCUGCAGAAGCUCAUCACGGCGGCGGACACCACCACCGAGCAGCGGCGCACCGAGCGCAAGGCCCCCAAGAAGAAGCUGCCCCAGAAGAAGGAGACGGAGAAGCCGGAUUCCUGCUCCCGGGAUGCCUUGCGAGCUGUUCCCGAGACGGCCGGCAUCAAGUUUCCUGACUUCAAGUCCGCGGGCGUCACACUGCGCAGCCAGAGGAUGAAGCUGCCCAGCUCGGUGGGACAGAAGAAGAUUAAAGCCCUGGAGCAGAUGCUGCUGGAGCUGGGAGUGGACCUGAGCCCGAUGCCGACGGAGGAGCUGGUGCAGAUGUUCAACGAGCUGCGUAGCGACCUGGUGCUGCUGUACGAGCUGAAGCAGGCCUGCUCCAACUGCGAGUACGAGCUCCAGAUGCUGCGGCACAGGCACGAAGCCCUGGCCCGGGCUGGGGGCCUCGUGGGACCCCCCAGCGCCGAGCCCCCCGCUGCCGAAGGAACCCCGGGGCCCGAGCAGGCCCGGCCGGACGGCAGGGACGCCGGCGUGGACGUGGUGGGAGCCCCUCUCACCCCCAACUCGAGGAAGCGACGGGAAUCGGCCUCCAGCUCGUCCUCCGUCAAGAAGGUGAAGAAGCCGUGAGCCCCGCGGCCCGGAGCCCAGGACUGUGCCAGGGAGGGACGGGGCCGGUGUGGGCCUCUGCCGGGUGAGGCCCUGCCCCCGUGGGCAUGGAGGGGCCGGGCGGAGGGCUGGGACCCGUGAGCCCGGGUGUAAAUAGAACUGCUCUUCCUGUCGCCA